AUAUAAAGAGGAGGGGUGAGUUUUUGUAGUUUUUCACAAAUCUGGUUUUUAGGUUUGCAUGUCCAUAGAGCAAAGCAAAAAGACCCACAAGGACAAAUGAGCCCCUCCUUUCCUUCCCAUCAUCAUAUGACUCACAAGUAAAUCUAUGAAACAAAAAGACAUUUAUGUAUAUGCAAUCAACUCUCUUCCCCUGUUCCCCAAAACCACACAACCAUUACCACCUUUGAAAACUUCCCAAAAACCCAAAGGUUAGAACUUUAGACAGAGAAAUUAAAACACCAAAUUCUUAGAUUUUUGGGUUGUUUUCUACUUUCAAUAUGAGUAACUGGUUGGGGUUUUCUCUCACUCCACACUUGAGGAUCCAUGAAGGCUUUGGUGGGGGAGAAGAUCAACAAGACCAUGGAGGAGGAGGAGGCUUCACUUCUCAAAUGACCAUCAUGCCCUUGCGCUCUGAUGGGUCUCUUUGUGUUCCUGCUGAUCCUUUCAGGCGACCCAAUGGUUCUGAAGAUUGGAGAUAUGAAAAUCACAUGGGUGCGACAAGUGUCACAGACCCAAAUGAUGAAAGGGGUCCAAAGCUUGAAGAUUUUUUGGGCAGCUGCUACUCAAGCUCUCCCACUCCAAGUGAAACCAAAGUCUACAAUUGCCAAAGUACCCAACAAGACCAAAACCCAGAAACCAUCUCUCAGAUCAAUGUUAAUGAGGCCCCAAACUUCAACACCACCACCAACAAUAGAGAAGACAACAACAACAACAACCUAAUUCAACCGUACAGCCAUUAUUGUACCCUAAACCCACCAAGCCUCAUCCCAAGUAAUGGCAUGUACAAAUCUUGGUUGGGCCAAACGGUGCCGUUUUCUGAUGAAAAAUCAUCACCAUGUGGUGAUCACCACCAGGCAAAUGGCAACAGCUUUCAUCAGUCAUCUCUCUCACUCACUAUGAGCCCAAGCUUACAACAAAAUGGUAAUAAUAUGGGCGCAAUCUCUCAACUGCAAAUAGUGGAAAGCAAGAAAAGGCCUGUUGGGAAAUCUGCAGCUAGAGAACCAGUUCCUAGAAAAUCUAUUGACACUUUUGGUCAGCGAACUUCUCAGUUCCGUGGUGUCACCAGGCAUAGGUGGACUGGGAGAUAUGAGGCCCAUCUGUGGGAUAAUAGUUGCAGAAAAGAAGGGCAAACAAGGAAAGGAAGGCAAGUUUAUCUGGGUGGUUAUGAUAAGGAGGAAAAAGCAGCAAGGGCAUAUGAUUUAGCUGCACUCAAGUAUUGGGGUUCAACCACCCACAUUAAUUUUCCUCUAAGUACUUAUGAGAAAGAGCUGGAAGAGAUGAAGAACAUGACAAGACAAGAAUUUGUAGCCAAUUUGAGAAGGAAAAGCAGUGGGUUUUCAAGAGGAGCUUCUGUGUACAGAGGAGUGACAAGACACCAUCAGCAUGGAAGGUGGCAAGCUAGAAUUGGCAGGGUGGCUGGAAACAAAGACUUGUACUUGGGAACAUUUAGCACACAAGAAGAAGCAGCUGAGGCUUAUGACAUUGCUGCAAUCAAGUUUAGGGGUACAAGUGCUGUGACCAACUUUGAUAUGAGUAGGUAUGAUGUGAAGAGAAUUUGCUCAAGCUCCACCCUAAUUGCCAGUGAGCUGGCCAAGCGUUCGCCAAAAGACUCUACGCCGGCGGCAAUCGAAGACUUCAAUUCUUGUGGAUCAUCUACUUCUGCACAACCCCUAUUGGCCAUAGCAAGUGGUGAACCGUGUGAUGACAUGGCUGAAAUGGUGUGGAAUAAUAAUAAUGCAGAGGAUCAUUCCCAUUCACAUAAUGAGAAUUCAAACACCACCACCAACAAUGCAGCAUUGGGUGCUUCAAGCAGCAGGAACUCUUCAAGCCCACAAAGCCCCAAGUGCUCAUUUGGGCACACUAGUGAGUUUGGCCUUGGUGGAGACUAUUCCCAUGCGUAUUUCUCAAUGCAGGGUGCUAAGUAUGAAGAUGGCAAUGGUGGUGGGAAUGAUCAUUCAAGGCUUGGAAAUCUUGGUUUGGUUCCACAAGUGCCUAUGUUUGCACUGUGGAAUGACUGAUUAGUGGAAAAGAUCGACUGUUUUAAUUUUUAAGCAUAAUUAAGGAACACAAAUUAGUCUAGGGAGAAUUGGUUAAUUUGUGGUGGAAGAAAUGAAGCAAGCUAGGUAUACAUGGAAAUGUGGGUUGAGUUGUUCUAAAAGCCCUAACAGUUAA